AGAUCCGCGCGCACAGCCUGCCCGGCGACAAGUGGCUGGUCAUCGAGCGCCGCGUCUACGACAUCAGCCAGUGGGCAGAGCGGCACCCAGGCGGCAGCCGCCUCAUCGGCCACCACGGGGCGGAGGAUGCCACGGCACUACCUGGGAAACCUUUCCAGCCAGGAGAGAGUGAGACUCUGGCCUGGCCACAUGUCGGGCUGCAGAGCCCCCAGCAGCACCAGUGCAGCCUUGACUAGGGAGCAUGUGGUGUCCCCACAGUCCUGGUUGCUGGUAUCAGCAUCAGACUCACCCCUGCCCCAGAGGACCCAGCUCAGGCACAGCACAGUGGCUCAGGCGAAGGAAGCCUUCCACGCCUUCCACCAGGACCUCAGCUUCGUGCGCAAGUUCCUGCGGCCCCUGCUGAUCGGGGAGCUGGCCCCGGAGGAGCCCGGCCAGGAUGGGCCUCAGAAUGCCCAGCUUGUCGAGGACUUCCGAGCCCUACGCCAGACGGCCAAGGACAUGAGGCUGUUCGAGGCUGACCCCGUCUUCUUCGCACUCAUGCUGGGCCACAUCCUGGCUAUGGAGGUGCUGGCCUGGCUGCUCGUCUACCUGCUGGGCCCUGGCUGGGUGCCCAGCACCCUGGCUGCCCUCAUCCUGGGGGUCUCCCAGGCCCAGAGCUGGUGUCUGCAGCACGACCUCGGCCAUGCCUCUGUGUUCCCCACGUCACGCUGGAACCGGGUGGCCCAGCAGUUUGUCAUGGGGCAGCUGAAGGGCUUCUCGGCCCGCUGGUGGAACUUCCGCCACUUCCAGCACCAUGCCAAGCCCAACGUCUUCCACAAGGACCCGGAUGUGACCCUGGCACCUGUCUUCCUGCUUGGGGAAUCGUCCGUGGAGUACGGCAGGAAGAAGCGCAGAUACCUGCCCUACCACCGCCAGCACCUCUACUUCUUCCUCAUUGGCCCCCCACUACUCACACUGGUGAACUUCGAGGUGGAGAACCUGGUGUACAUGGUGCUGUGCCUGCAGUGGGCGGACUUGCUCUGGGCUGCCAGCUUCUAUGCCCGCUUCCUCCUGGCCUAUGUCCCCUUCUACGGUGUCCGAGGGGCACUGCUGCUCUAUGUGGCUGUCAGGGUCCUGGAGAGCCACUGGUUCGUGUGGAUCACGCAGAUGAACCACAUCCCCCGGGAUGUUGGCCAGGAGAAGCACCGAGACUGGGUCAGCGCACAGCUGGCAGCCACCUGCAACGUGGAGCCAUCGUCCUUCGUGGACUGGUUCAGCGGCCACCUCAACUUCCAGAUUGAGCACCACCUCUUCCCUACGAUGCCCCGGCACAACUAUCGCAGGGUGGCACCACUUGUGCGGGCGCUGUGUGCCCGGCAUGGCCUGCUCUACGAGGUCAAGCCCUUCCUCACCGCCAUGGUGGAUAUUGUCAGGUCCCUGAAGAAGUCUGGUGACAUCUGGCUAGACGCCUACCUCCACCAGUGAAUCUGGAACAUACCCGGCCCCCGUGACCAAAGCCGCACCCUGCUGGGUGCUGCUGCCCUCUCUCCCCAGGCAUGUGGGGAGGUGUGGGGACCCUAGGGCAGCACGUUUUCCUACAGCAGAAUUGGAGAGAACUGUUAUUUUUCUAUAAAAGCUGAUUCAGACUUA